AUGGAGCUGUGCGAGCGCUGCCGCUGCAUCUCCCUCGGCGCUCUGAGGCGAGACCUGCCCACCAGCCUGGCGGCUCGUCUGGGGGCCAGGCAGGGCAUGGUGCUGCUGGACGACGGCUCUGCUCUGGCUCUAUCGGCAUCGGUGUGCCGAUUGUGCGCCCUCAUCCACGAGGCCCUGCUUCGCUCAUCGUGUCAUCGGGUUCACGAUCCGCCGGCGAGGCUUUCGUUAGCGCCCAAUGCCGUCGUUCUCGAGCCAAAAUCAGAUUCCCAGGGAUCGACGUUCCCUGAGCCGCCAACCGGGGGCUCGCACUUGACGGGGUUCACUGUCACUGCCACCGAAGCGACCACGGGACAGCUGAUACAGGCCAAGAUCCGGCUCUAUACCCAGGGGCAGCGGAGCGUCAUUGACGAUUCUGAGCUUCCAGAGCUGCCGAGCAGAGUCAUUCAUGUUUCUGGAAGCACCGUGAGACUGUUGCCGUCUGGAGGCAGACGUGGAAGGAUAGGCCUCGACUACGUCUGGAUCGACUCGCUCUGCAUUGUGCAAGAUGACCACCAGGAGUGGUUGAAGGAAUCCAAGCGUAUGGGCUCAAUAUACGAGCAGGCCGAAACCACCAUAGCCGCUUCUCAUACCCCCGGCUGCUGGGAGGGAUUCCUCUUCCCUCGUUGCCCACCGCCUCCUUCCGUAGAGAUUCCAAACUUUUUCUCUCAGUGUGCGACGGACGCAAAAGUAUGCGACACGUCCGAGAUACAGGUCUUUGCAACCAUUCGACGGGAGACUGCUGCCAACACGUUUCCCGAGUUCGGUGCACUCAAUAGUCGGGCAUGGGCUACUCAGGAGUGGCUCCUAUCCAGACGAAUCGUCUUCUUCACCAAGGGAGCUCUCAUUUGGUCGUGUAAGGCCAUCACGCAGCGCGAGACAGGCGAGCGAUGCUACAGCGUCUCACGGAACACACGCUGGAAGAAUGUCGUGGAGCAGUACAGCGACCGCCAGCUGACCUUUGCAACGGACAGGCUGAUUGCGCUCGAGGGCCUGCGCAUGGAGCUGGGGAAGAAGAUUGCCUGCGAAUAUGCCUUUGGCGUCUGGAAAGAGUCUCUUCCUAACCAACUGCUCUGGCAGGUCACCAAAAGGAUAGAGGGGACGGCCAUCUUGGAUCCUUUGAAGCUCCCAACUUGGACGUGGGCUCAUGUUCCGUGCGGUGUGCGAUAUCUGACCAUUGACAGAGCCAAGAACCAGUGUGACGCGAUUGCUUUCGAAGACGGCGACAUGAGACGACUGAGCAUGCAGACCUGGGCAAAGCGCGUGUCCAUGGUGUCAACAGUGACGGACUCUCAGGGCGAAGGGAACCCCGUCACUGCAGCCAUCCUCACGGAUAUCGCAUCAUCUCAUGCCAAGUUGACCAGUUCCAUGGCUCAGUAUAUCCUAGACACGGAUGGUGCUCCUAUCGGGUGGACCGUAUUCGACCUCGCCUCAGAAGAUGCCGCCUCAGGAGUGGUUCUGGCCCUCGCUUUGAUGGGCACCAUCAGCCGACGAGACGAGCAAGCAGAGAGACGUCUUGGAACGACUGUCUCAAAGAAACUCCGACACUAUUGGGUGCUACUGGUGCGGCAAAGGAGCGAUGGCAGUUGUUACAGAAUAGGAGUUGGGAAGACGUAUGGGUCGAAGUGGUGGGAAGAUGCUGAUAUCAAGACUCUGGAGCUGGUGUGA